AUGCCUUUUCCAGCUUUUGAUCCGGCUGAAUACAGCCUUCCCGAGUUCACGCGUUACGCUGCUGUCCACGCAGAUCCUAAGGGCCCUGGCGAUGCACGCCCAACUGCCGAGCAGGUCAUCAAAGACGAAGAUCUCGACGGCAAGCUCAUCGGAAAGACCAUCUUGAUCACUGGCUGCAGCUCAGGGAUCGGCAUCGAGACCGCUCGCGCGCUCAAGUCGACUGGUGCCCGCAUAUUCGCCACAGCCCGUGAUAUUGAAAAGGGCAAGAAGGCUCUUGGGGACAUCCUUGAGCCCGGAAAGGUCGAGCUCCUCCACCUUGACCUUAAUUCCCUCGCCUCUGUUCGUAUAUGCGCCGCCGAAUUUCUGGCCGCCAGCAACAACCAACUCAACAUCCUCAUCAAUAACGCCGGCAUCAUGUCCUGCCCGGAGGGCACGACUGAAGACGGUUUCGAACUGCAAGUGGGCACCUGCCAUCUGGCGCACUUCCUGCUUUUCCAGCUCGUCAAACCUGCGCUGCUCGCAUCCACCAAGCCUGAUUUUCUUUCGCGCGUAGUCAGCGUAGCGUCAAUGGCACAUCGCUAUUUCCCCCCUAAGCUUGAGAACUUCCAGCUCCGCAACGGCGAAUAUCACCCAGAUCGUGCCUACGCCCACGCCAAGACAGCAAACAUCUGGUUUGCAAACUACAUAGAUCGACGUUAUGGGGCGCAAGGUCUCCACGGUCUUUCAGUUCAUCCUGGCGUCAUCUUCACUGCAUUAUCCAAGUUUGUUCCAGAAGAAAUGUUAACAAGUUAUGCAAAAGAUCCUGUGUUAGCCGCUACACGUAAAACCCCAGAGCAGGGUGCCGCUACAACGGUGUGGGCAGCUGUAGCGCACGUGUGGGAGGGAAGGGGAGGGUUGUAUCUUGAAAAUUGCCAAGUUAGUAAGCCCGUUGUAGAUGGCUACGGACCUAUGGAACCCGGGUACGAAAGGUGGACGUAUGACCCCGAGAGCGAGGAGAAGCUAUGGGUUAUGAGCAAUAAGCUUGUUGGAUUUAGAGAGACGUAA